UCCAAAUUUCCUGUCAGAUGAAAGUAAACUCAUUAGCGAAAACCAUCAAGGAUACAACUCUGUAUUCAAAUUGGCCAGUUUUAAUGUGCCUUUAUUCUCAGAGGCGUUUGCUUUGUUGUUUUCCUUGUUCUCCAUUAUUGUGCCUGAAAACUAUUUAAGUCAGCGGCCAAUAUUAAGGCUGAACUGUCGGCUGGCUGUUUAUUGCGCAACAGCCAUGUGUCAAAUAAAAACAAGCGUGAGGCGACCAUUAAGAACCGUGGACAGCACACUUAGUAUCAGCUAAUUCUGUCCAAUGGUAUCUUAAAAAUGAAAUAGACUGUUUGUAAAGUGUUUUGAGAGUCCCAAAUAGCCCAGUUGCCUGUGGGCAUUAGUAGAAGUCAAAACAACUGGAAUAGGAGUCACAAGACCACAAUCUGCCAAGUCCUAAAAGCAGACUAGCAACAAGACAGUUUAACAGAGGUGGGGUAGAACUGGGCAUUUUAAAAUAGCCAUGUAAACACUCUCCCUCUGCUUUGUAAUUUUAACCUAGAAUGUCGGUGACGACAGUCUCCUGCAUGGAGACCACAAAUGCCGGAAUAAAUCUGACAUUAUGACACCAGACACCUGGCAGUUCUGACGUUACAGGGGUAAAUACUUAAGAGUCACUAUAAAGCCCAGUGGCCCCCUCAGGACUACAGUUGUUUACCCCUGAGCCUCGGGACAGGACCGUAGUACCGGACAGAGAAAACAUUUAAGAUCCAAUACGCAGGAUUUCUACGUCACGCCGUUGGAAGCGAGCAUUCAUAGUCUUUGCACAGUUGCGUCCCGUUUGAGUACAUGAGCUGUCAAAGGGGAGGCGGUACUGAAACAAAAGCAAUCUUGAUUCAAGCAACAAACCUGUACUUGAACAGGUUACUAAUACUCUACUUAUAUUCUGGAUUGUCUGUUUCAAUUCAUCAAAAACUCAUGAGAGGGAGUUACUGGAGGAACCAAUAAUAAGAUUUAACCGAGGUAUUGGUGGAUUUGCCAAUGUGGUCAAUCCAGUGACCAUUCAGAAAUCGCAGCAUAGGUUUCUGAGCACAGACACAGAAGAAUGGCUGCAUUGGAAUUGCACUCUGGACCAGAGCCUGGGAGUUGUGUGUGGGGUGGAGACAGAGCUGACCUGGUUGACAGUUUUGACUCUGAGAUGCAGGAAUGGGAAGAUCAGCUACAGGACAUGCAGAGGAAAAUUGAAGAGCUGUAUAAUAUGGUCAAAGCAAGAAGAGAAGCUAGCGAGAGCAGCUUAAACAACACCACAAACAAUAAAAACCUGGACAUUACUUUGCUUCCUGUCAUCUCUCAGUAUAGCCACCAAGCCAAUGGUUAUCAUGAACCCUGUGGUCACCCCAACAACAGCCUCCCAAUUCAUCAAUACAGUGAAGUAAGGGCAGAUCCUACAGUUAUGCAAAGCUUUGGGCUUCACCACCCCAGUGAAUACUGUAAUGGCUCCAACAAUAUCAUGCUUAAUUCCCUGAGACUGAGAAGUGGCAGCCAUUACCCUGCUAGUUGUCAUGAUCUUGAAAGGCAAGAUGCCACCCUAGACAUACUCAGUGGAUACCUUCAACAAGGCCCGCAUUUUAGAAAGAACGUAGGGAAUAUUGGAGUUCCAAACACAAUCCAGAACCCUAAGGUAUAUCCAGUUACGCACAGUUAUCAAGACAGCAUGGAGACCAGCCUGGUAACAAACAGUAGGACUGCCCCGUGUGUUGCUCCGGAGGAGACUGAGGCUGAGAACAAAAAGAACAAGAAAUCCAACUUGGAUGACUCCCAAGCCCGCCAUGUUAGCUGGAAAGACCCGGUUUCAUCAAACGACCUUCCCCCUAAAAAUACAGCUUCCAAACUGGCAAUCAGACAGAGAGAUGCUUCUCCUGUAACCUUCCGCUCCACUUACCAUGAGUCAUCACAACAACCUGAUAAGAAAUGCCUCUUGCUUGACAGGAAAUCUGGCAGCCCAUCAGUAUUGCGCAAGUUUGGUGCCAUGUUGCAAGAGAAUGAGGGGAAAACCCUGAUAGAGGAUGGUCUUGUGACCACCGUUGUCUCCAGUGAACCUCAGAGGCACACCAGCACUCCCAUUUGCCAGAGCAAGUUUGAUGCCAGACGUGCAUCCUCACGUGUGCCCAUCCAGAAAUGCCUUCCAGACUGUGACGCACUAAAAGCAGAUCUGGAGCCCAGCCAGGAGUCUUGGGCAGCUGGUCCUCCUAAACACCUCCUCAAUGGAGACAAAGACAGUGUUCCUGAACAGCAUGGCUUGGCCUAUAACUUAAGCCAGACAGAGUCUCACCUUAACUCAGGCUAUCAUAAGGUGGCUUCACUGUCUAAUUCCCACAAAGCGGGCUUCCAGAGUGAGAACCUAUUUUCUGACUACCAGAUGGUGGAAAGGAUUCUGGGAGCAGGAUCUCAAAACUUCAGUAAGGUACACAGAGGACUUGGUGUCGACAUGACUAGACUGGGAACUGACAACUUGGAGCAACUUCUGGAAAUGAUGGAAGUGGAGAACAACAGAAGCCAUAGAACCACAUUCACCCAGCAACUGGACAACAAGCAGGUCAAUCGUGAGUCAUCUCCUGCACCCAGCAGUAGCCAUUUUUCUCGUCCUGCUCGACCAGCCAAUCAACGUCGUCCAUCCAGAUGGGCUAAGCAUAUUCAGCCAAUCAAAAUUGGCCACACAUCCUGCCCACCAAGCCCUGGCCUGAAAGCUAAACAAUUCUUGAAUUCAUAUUCCCAGCACACAGAAACUGUCAUCAUGUGACCAGGAUACAACAACCUUCAAAGGUCAUUUUCACCCAAUGGCAAAGACGAAACUUUGACCUUUUGUAGAACACAAUCUACUUUUUUGUAUAUAUAUAAUAUAACCACCACCACUACAUCAAAGUACCUUAUUGCAACCCACUAGGAUGGCCUAUGGUAUUUUCCUUAAAUAACUUCAAAAACGAUACCACGUUCGUUUAACACUGCGCUGUUUGAAGUGCUUUGGAAAGAAACUUCAGUGGACAUUUUUUGACCUGGUGAACUGUGCCUAUAUAAACCCUUCAUUGCCAUUUCUGUUUAUUUCUUUUUGUCAUUCUCAGUAAAUUUUGUAUUAUUUUAUUCUGUUUUCUAUUUUCCUGAGUGCUUUGUGUACAGUGCAGUUCUUGUGGUGCCAUGUAGGGCAUUUUUUGUAACCAUAUAAGCAUGUAUGCAACAGGCAUAACAUGUAUUUAAACAUACAUGGCAACAAGUUAUUGAGCCUUAUACUGUAUAUUAUGCAUAAUCUGUAAAAGGUGUGUGCAAGCAUUUUGAUGGUCUGUCAUAAAGUCCAUUUCAGUACUGCAUUAGUGCUUCAUAAUAGUGUAAUGGAAGAGGUCAUAUCAGGCUCAUAAUAUUUUUUUAUAAGCCUUAUUUGACUGUGCCUGAUGUGGGCUGAAACUACUCGGUGCAUCGCACCUUUUUUGCGGGAACAUGUCUGCAUUCGCCAGUUUUGUCAAAAAAGCCAAAUUAAGUUAAUUAUUCUUUAAGUUCAACAUCUGUGAAGAGUAAAGUAUAUCUUUUGACCAUAUUAUAAUGAAGAAAUGCUUUUGGAAUGUUUAUUUAUUGUUGUGACAUGACCCUUACAAAAACGUGAUGCUUUUUGGGUUUUUCUUCCUCUGGAUAAUAAACGCAAGUGCUUUGACGAGUUA